CCGGAGACUUAAUCCGAAAGAGAGCCCGGCUCGAGCCGGCUCCACGUGAGACUGAGAGCUGAGGUAGAGAAAGCCGGAGCUUGGGAGAGACAGACAGACAGAAAGAAAGACGAGAGGAGGGGGAGGGGGCGAGAGGAGCCCCAGAGGAGCCGGGAAAGUCCCGACGCUCACUAUAAAAGGGCCGCCCCCCGGUCACCUUCCAUCAGGCUCCCACCUGCGCUACCGCUCCCAGCCCGGACUCGCGUGUUCCCGCUCCGCUCCCGUCAUGGGCCCACGUCGCGACGCUCAGCUCCAAUAUAUCUUCCUCAUUGCCAUAACUAUUGGCCUUAGCCAAAUCAACUGGGUCAAGAGCAUCCCUGUGAUCCAGUCGGAACCCAGCAUGCACCAGUAUCUCAGAGGCUCCAAGAACCUACUGGGGACCGUAACUGACACUCUUCAGCAGGCAAGACAAAAACUUGAACUUUACUCUUGUUCCUUGGAAGAGAUUGAUCACGAAAAUAUCACCGAAAGCAACACAGUCAGGGUCUGCUUACCCCCAGAAUUAAUCAAGAAUGGAAGUUGCCUGGAUCCCAGAGAGAAACUUUCCAUUAAGUUGUGCCUUAAGAGCAUCUAUAAGGAUCUGAAGACUUAUAAGACUGAGUUUAAAGUGAUCGAGGAAACUCUUGAAAAGGACCCUACAAGGCAGAUUUCUCUGGAUCAAAAUAUGUUGGCUGCUAUUGAUGAGAUGAUGCAGGCCCUGAAUUUCAACAGUGGAAACGUGACAGUGACCCCUUCACCCAAAGAACCUGACUUCUACAAGGCUAAAGUCAAGCUCUGCCUCCUCCUUCAUACUUUUAGAAUCCGGGCUGUGACCAUCGCUAGAAUGAGCAACUACCUGUUCUUGUUAUAGGGCUCAUUACCCAAUGCCUUCAGGCCUUUGGGAUAAGCAGAGAUCCUGAAGAUCACCAUCAUGGGAAUUCCAGUGAAAUUUCCAUGAGAUAUUACCCAAUAGCAGUUUUUAUUGGGAAUGAUUUGGGGAAUUAGGGAAAGGGUAGAAUCAGCUGGGUUCUGUAUCAUUUUGCUUAAAUUAUUUUAUUUAUAUUGCCUUUGUUUACAUUCUCCAUAGCA